AUGAAUCAGAUGAAAGUGCAGAUGAGAUUGAUGAUAAAAGUGCAAAUGAGAUUAAAAAUGAAAAUUUAGAUAUUAUAGAUGUCGAUAGCAGUAAUAUUGAUAAAGGUAAUAAUAGCAUUGUAAUAGUAGUAAUGGUGAUGACAAUCAUUAAAAUAAUGUAA